AUGUUGAUCCCUUUCGUCGCCUCCGCUUCUUAUCCUGACACAUCUUCUACUUCCCUUCUACCUUUGUCCUCUGCACUUUCCACUCUGUCGCAACAACGCAACGAGGACAAAGACCAAAAAAUGGAGAAACAAUCUGAAGAAUUGAGGGGCAUAUCCGGUAGAUAUGAACAUGACAAGAAAGUUUGGGUGGUUGCGGUCAAGGAAGUAGUUGCACAGUGUGAGCAUCUUAAAGUCAAAUACAACAAAGAACAACUCAAGGGAAGAAAGCUUCAUAAUCAAUUCGGGGAUAUAAAAGUUUUGAUUCAUCAUCAGACAGACAAUGCUUCACCAUUAGUGGCUUUACUUUUCGAUGGAUACUAUGGUGAAACAGAGACAGGAAAGACAUUUACCAUGGAGGUCGAACCUACAAAUGAUUAUGCACAAGAUUCACCAUCAAAGUUGUCUUCUCCUGGGAGAACUACAUGGGCCAAAACUCUGAAACUUCCACAACCUUUAGGGGGCACACAAGAUGAAUCUUCUUCAUCUGAAAACACUCCAACAAUGAUAAUGCGCAUGGACGUUUCAUCUUCACGAAAGUUGCCAAGUCUCGGGUGGUGUAUUGAUAAAGAUUUAUGUUGUGUUUAUUUGGAAAAAUUGCAGUUUUCCCACCCAACACCAUGA